AUGAGCAUACCGCACCUGUUCAGGUGCCCGAUCAGCCUGGACAUCUUCACGGACCCGGUGACGCUGUGCACGGGGCAGACGUAUGACCGGCCCUGCAUCGAGCGGUGGCUCGCCGCCGGCCACCGCACCUGCCCGGUCACAAUGCAGCCGCUCGGGGACACCGUGCUCGUGCCCAACCGCACCCUGCGCCACCUCAUCGAGCGAUGGCUCUCUGCCGAUCACCAACCACCCGAGCCGACGGCGGCCGCCACCGACGCGGAGGAGCCGUCGCUUGCGGCGCUCAAGCGCUGCCUCCAGUCCGACGCCGUCGCCAAUGCCAAGGUGGCGGCGCUCAAGAAGGCCGUGACGCUGGCGUCCGAGUCGGACGUCGGCCGCGUGUGCAUGCUCCAGUUGGGAUUUUUGCCCGUGCUGCUGCAGCUCGUGUUCCACGCGCCAGAGCCAUGGGAGUGCCACUUGGCGGAGGAGGAGCUCGCGCUUCAGUGCGCGCUCAGCCUCCUGCCGUCGAGCCCCGCCGCGCCGCAGCUCGACUGCCUCAACAUGCUCAGGAAGGAAGCCAACCUGGCGUCCUUCGUGUGGCUCCUAGAGCGCGGCCGCGCCCGAGCCAAGGCGGUGCUGUGCCGCCUCCUGGAGACCAUCGCCACGGCCGCAGCGACGCGGGAGCUGGCGCUCGUCGUCGCCGCCUCGCCGCGCGUGUGGCAGGCGCUCCUGCCUCUCCUGCAGCACGACGACGAGCGCGUCCCGGACGCCGCGGCGCGCGCGGUAGCGGGGCUCUGCGCUGCCGAGCCAGCGGGCGCCAGCGCCGUCUGCCACGGAGCGGUCGGCGCACUCUUCAGGCUCCUGUCGUGGGCGUCAUCGGUGAAGGGAGGAGGCGGGGCAAUAUCAAGCGCGCUGGCAGCGGUGGAGACGCUGACUGCGUCGGAGGCCGGGCGCAGCGCGGUGGCGCGCGAGCCGGGCGCGGUGCGGGUGCUGGUGAGGCACGUGUUCAUGAUGUCGUCGAGCAACGAGGGCAGCGAGCACGCGGUGGCUGCGCUGCUGGCCGUGUGCAGGGAGUCGCGCGCAGCGCGGAGCGAGGCGGUCGGUGCUGGGGUGGUGACGCAGCUGCUCUUGCUGCUGCAGAGCCAGUGCGGCACCAGGGCCAAGACCAAGGCGAGGGCGCUGCUGAAGCUGCUCAAGUCCAUGUGAAGCAAUUAGUUUCGGUGUUAAUGUUGCUAGAUGUUCUUGCAAGCUGUAGUUUCGGCAUCAAGAAUGUCUGCUGAUUUCAUGGCUUGCGCUCAGGUCCCAUGACUUAAGCCAAAAAAACAUGGUCUAGGUUAUUUCAUGGUUGGUUACGGAAA